GGUUCCCGCGUCUUCCCGCCAGAGCCUCGACCCCAACCAACCCCCUGACUCCUUUCCUGUGCGGUUCCUCAGGGCUGCCACUGCUUCAAGCCGAGUAGUGCCGUUGGAAACCCCAAUCGCCGUGUCUCUAAGUCUUUCCAUGCUUUCCGUCCUCGUUUCCAUCCCUAUCUCACCUACUUUCACCUCAGCUCUGUUCCUAUCAUACUCAAGUGCCAAUGGCAACACCAAAUCAAAAGCUUAGGAGGGGUGGGCUCGGGCUGAGUGGUCCUGGGGCGGAAGCGGUAGAUUCGUUCAAGCCUUCAGGCCCCAAGCAAGGUCCAUCCACUGACGCCGGAGCCGAGGAGGAUGACGAUCCAUUGACGGUGCUCAGAGGGCACAUGGACAUCGUCCAAGGCUGGUUCUACAACAAGGUGGUCGAAGAAAGGUCCUGGGCAGUGCAGCUCAAGACGGCAUCCUAUCAUGAACAGAACCUGAUUCACACAGCAAUAACGGAGCUGCAAAGACAGAAAAAGCGACAGAUACAGGCGGUGUUUCCUGAGCCGGCACUCGCCGGUAUCGAGUCAUUAGUGCUUUCAAAGCCAAGCCUGUUUUCGAACCCGGAUGUCAACGGGGAUGUCCCCAUGUUCAUGGCGCUGAAACUAGACGCCUCCGUUCUGGUUCGUGUUCUUGAUCUCCUCAUCCCCGGUCCAACGCUCGACCACCUAGAAACAACGAGGCGGAGUGGGUGUGACGAAAAGCUUUCCGACUGCCCGCUCUCAAAGGUAGCAUAUGUACGGCUGGACCGGUGUAUGGAGAAGUCGAAAAGCGCCAGUGCGGCGCAUGUGAAGCGCGAACGGCCUCUCUUUCACUCCGAUAUCGACACACAGAAGCUAGUUCAAGAGGACGGCGAGCUGAGGGCAAUACUGCGCGACGCACUUAAGGAAAAUGCCAUUGCCCGCUGCCUAGAACCACUCCUUGUCGAGAAGAACUUCGACCGAAUUGCCAAAGAAACGGGGAAUAUCAUGCCCGUGAGCAGUUUCAGGACCCUGCUCGAACUCUGCCCCGACGAGGCGUUCAGCUGUGCGCCAACCACCGGAUUCACGCCACUUCAAUUAGCCGUCCGUCUCUAUGAGAGUUCAUUAGUGGCUUACGACCACAUCUCAUCUAUCAUCCAGGCGUUGAUCGAGCGCUGCCCAAGCUCCAUCUUUCUGGGAACGGGGAAGGGACAAGCGGCGACAACGCCAUACCGGCUACUCAUGGGCCUCCCGCGUGCGGAAUCGGCCGAAAGUGCUUCUGCAAGGGCUCGGGCUCAAGAGCUCCUAAAGAGGGCGUGCAUUGGCUAUCGGGCAACAAAAUACGACGAAAAGGAAAAGGAAUAUGUAGCUGACCAAAUGUGGAGCGAGAAAAAGGAGUUCCUUUACUGGGAUGCCAAAUCUCAACGCCAUUUCUUGUUGAGCCUAGUGGGAGAGUCCGUCAUGCUUGACAAACAAUACAUCGAAACCAUGGCUGAACAAUCGGGAAUGAAAUUCGAGACCGUCCUGGCAUUUGUCGAGCUGCCCUAUUGGAAGCCAAAGGGUCCUCAGCAACCGGAGGCGCAACCGGAACCAAGUCAGCAACAAUCCCAGGAUGGCAGCAACACCGGCACCGGGCAAACGGGGCGUCCAGGGCCCCAGCCAGAUCCAUACCCGGCGCUCUUUACGUGGUUGUGGAGUUGCGGCGUGACCAAGAUCUUCGAGAUCAAGGUCGAUGACGACGGCCCAGAAGCCCACACUGAUGCCGCCAUACGAGAAGCUCUACUCGGCAAAGGAACAGUCGAGGAUCCAACUCGCAACUUCGAGGUUGAGAUAUGGGACUGGAAGAAAUUUGACAUAUGCGCCGAGACAGUCGCCUACUCGGCCCCCCAUGCCCGGGAGGUCCACCUGUACUCCCAUGGAAACACGGCGGUCCUAAGAGGAUGGGCCUGUGACUCCUCCUUUGCGAAACUGACAAAGCUCGAGAAAAUACACAUCAACAUUUACCCCCAGAAUCCGAGGGAUGAUAACGAUUGCGAGGACUAUAAAAACGCCCUGAUACGGGGCAUCCAUCGCCAGUGCCCAAAACUGAACCUCGAAGACGAUAUUAAGGUGACAAAUUACGGAUACCGAGCCCCGGGAAGCAUCGGAACCGUUGGGCGUGCCAACAAGAAGAAGGCCCGAGAUACUCAGCAGACCUUGACCGAGGUCAAACCAAAGAAGGUGGAGUGGCUUGCCAACCUCCAGAAGUUCACGUACUUUCUGAUCGAAUUGGACCGGUCUCUGCCGGCUGAAGUCGCCGAGCAGAAACCGAAGGUGCGAAUCGCCCUCCUAGAUGACGGUUGUAAGCUACAGGAGCUGCAUGGAACCCAAGAGGGCUGCUCGUUUCGGUCCGUAACCGAUACCUUCUUUGUCGGCCCAUGCAGCCACGGCACGGUUAUGGCCAACUGUAUUCGGCGAGUCUGCCCUAUUGCCGAGCUCGUCAUCGUUCGCCUUGAUGACACGCGCCGGGUUGAAAACCAGCGGUUUACAAUCUCUUCCUGUUGCGAGGCGCUAAGAUGGGCAUUGGAUCAGGAUGUGGAUGUGAUCUCGAUGAGCUGGACUUUCGAACACAAGGAUGGCGAGGCAGACUCGUACAAAAAUGAGUUUGCUAAACUCAUUGGCGACGCCGUGGGUGCCAACAAGCUCCUGUUCGGCGCCCUCUCCGACAAGUUCAUUGAAACGCACCCAGUGGCCCCAGCUGGGCUCCCUGGCGUCAUAAAGAUUGGUUCUGCGACCAUUUAUGGCGAAGUUUCACGGAACUUGACACACGCACAUCCGGACUUCAUCCUCCCCGGCGAGGAGAUCGACGUAUCGCCGGGGGAAAAGGCAAAAGGGAGCUCCCUCGCCACAGCCUUCGCUUCCGGUCUCGCCGCGGUGGUGCUGUACUGCUUGAAACUGCAGUGCGCACUCGCGCCCGACGAUGCGCAACGGGCCAAGGCACUCCGCGUGGCCAAAACGCCCGCUGGUUUGAAGAAGAUCUUCAACGCUCUCAGCGCCCACAAGAAUGACGACGACGGGGUGGGGAACUUUGUCCAACCGUACCAUACUUUCGGGCAGGAGAUCCCCCCUUCGUGGGAGGAAAGGGUCAAGUACAUCAAUGAAAUCGUGGGCGAGAUCCUACCGGCCGAUGUACUGCGGAAAUUCCGGGACUAAUCGGGCAGGGAGAAGCCUUAGCAUCCAUCCACGGAUGGGAUCUGUCGAGCGUCGCACAUAGGGGCACAAGGGUUCCCAUCUUGGAACCUGCUUGUAGCAGUAGGCAUACUGCGUGCAGAUUGAGUGAAUGAGAAUAUAGCUCUGGUUAUUACUACACAAUACUAU